AUGUUCACGCUGGCCUUGGUAGCGGAUGACGUCCCCAUCAAGCCGGAGGAUUUCCGCGAUGAUUACCGAGAUAGACUCAAGAAGCAGAUACAACUGCGCUUCGUGGACCGAGUGCUGCCCAACGUAGGGCUAUGCAUCGAGUUCUACAACUUCGUGAGCAUCAAGGAUGCCAUAAUCUAUCCUGGCGAUGGUCAGCAGUCCUGCGGCGAAGCCUACAUCAAGGUUGAGUUUAAUUUGAUUGUCUUCCAGCCCCUGAUCGACGAAUGGCUGGUCGGCUGGAUAGAUUCCUCCACAACGCGAGGGAUCACUGUGUCGCUGGGCUUCUUCCAGGAUGUGGAGAUUCCGGCUGCAAACCUCCGCACGCCCUAUACCUUUGACCAGGCCCAGGAAACGUGGGUGUGGAUCUACUAUGAUGAGGAGACGGAGGAGCGCUCCAACUUCUUUUACGAGAAGGGCGAACUGGUUCGCUUUCGCGUCACGGCCAUCAACUUCCCCGAUGCGUCGUGGCCGAAGGAGCGGCGGCUACGCAAGCCGAUGUCCAUUGUCGGCGCUGUCGAUCGAGACGGAUUGGGGCUGCUAAGCUGGUGGCCCCAAUGA